CCCCCUCCCCCUCCCCAGUGUCGCGAGUUGGCGCCGCUGCCACCCCCCGCUCCGAGCUCUCGGCCCCUCGGCCGGGCGGUACCGAGUCCUCCCGGCGUCCCCUCCUCUCCUCCCUCCGGCCACCCCUUCCCUGCGGGACUGCCACCCCCACCUUCGCUCCAGCCCUUUUCUCUCCCCGCCGGGUCGCGGCGGCCGCAGCAGCAGCAGGAGGAGGAGGAGCCGGAGCCGGGAGGCGGCGGUGGCCGGGGAGCCCAUGGCGUACAGUCAGGGAGGCGGCAAGAAGAAAGUCUGCUACUACUAUGAUGGUGAUAUUGGAAAUUAUUAUUAUGGACAGGGUCAUCCCAUGAAACCUCAUAGAAUCCGCAUGACCCAUAACUUGCUGCUAAAUUAUGGCUUAUAUAGAAAAAUGGAAAUAUAUAGGCCCCAUAAAGCCACUGCUGAAGAAAUGACAAAAUACCACAGUGAUGAGUACAUCAAAUUUCUACGUUCAAUAAGACCAGAUAACAUGUCUGAGUAUAGUAAGCAGAUGCAGAGAUUUAAUGUUGGAGAGGAUUGUCCAGUAUUUGAUGGACUCUUUGAGUUUUGUCAGCUCUCAACUGGUGGUUCAGUUGCUGGGGCUGUGAAGUUAAAUCGACAACAAACUGAUAUGGCUGUUAACUGGGCUGGAGGGUUACAUCAUGCGAAGAAGUCAGAAGCCUCCGGAUUCUGUUACGUUAAUGAUAUUGUACUUGCCAUCCUUGAAUUACUAAAGUAUCAUCAGAGAGUCUUAUAUAUUGACAUUGAUAUCCAUCAUGGUGAUGGUGUUGAAGAAGCUUUUUAUACGACAGAUCGUGUAAUGACGGUAUCAUUCCAUAAAUAUGGGGAAUACUUUCCCGGAACAGGAGACUUAAGGGAUAUUGGUGCAGGAAAAGGCAAAUACUAUGCUGUCAAUUUUCCAAUGAGAGAUGGUAUAGAUGAUGAGUCCUAUGGGCAGAUAUUUAAGCCUAUUAUCUCAAAGGUGAUGGAGAUGUAUCAGCCUAGUGCUGUGGUGCUUCAGUGUGGUGCAGACUCACUCUCUGGUGACAGGCUUGGUUGCUUCAAUCUGACAGUGAAAGGUCAUGCUAAAUGUGUAGAAGUUGUGAAAACUUUUAAUUUACCAUUACUGAUGCUUGGGGGAGGUGGAUACACAAUUCGUAAUGUUGCUCGGUGUUGGACUUACGAGACUGCAGUUGCCCUUGAUUGUGAGAUUCCCAAUGAAUUGCCGUAUAAUGAUUACUUUGAGUAUUUUGGCCCGGACUUCAAACUGCAUAUUAGUCCUUCAAACAUGACAAACCAGAACACUCCAGAAUAUAUGGAAAAGAUAAAACAGCGUUUAUUUGAAAAUUUACGCAUGUUACCUCAUGCACCUGGCGUCCAGAUGCAAGCUAUUCCAGAAGAUGCUGUUCAUGAAGACAGUGGAGAUGAAGAUGGAGAGGAUCCAGACAAGAGAAUUUCUAUUAGAGCAUCAGACAAACGAAUAGCUUGUGAUGAAGAAUUCUCAGAUUCUGAGGAUGAAGGAGAAGGAGGACGUAGAAAUGUGGCUGAUCAUAAGAAAGGAGCAAAGAAAGCUAGAAUUGAAGAAGACAAGAAGGAAACAGAGGACAAAAAAGCAGAUGUUAAGGAAGAAGAUAAAUCUAAGGACAGUAGUGGUGAAAAAACAGAUACCAAAGGAGCCAAAUCAGAACAGCUCAGCAACCCUUGAAUUUGAGUGUGUCACCAAUUUCAGAAACCAUAAAAGAGAAAAUAUUGGGAAGAAAAAUUUUUUCUUUUUGAAGACUUCUGGCUUCAUUUUAUACUACUUUGGCAUGGACUGUAUUUAUUUUCAAAAUGGCUUUUUUUUUGUUUUUGUUUUUCUUGGCAAGUUUUAUUGUGAGUUUUCUAAUUAUGAAGCAAAAUUUCUUUUCUCCACCAUGCUUUAUGUGAUAGUAUUUAAAAUUGAUGUGAGUUAUUAUGUCAAAAACUGAUCUAUUAAAGAAGUAAUUGGCCUUUCUGAGCUGAUUUUUUCCAUCUUUUGUAAUUAUCUUUAUUAAAAAAUUGUACUUGGA